AACCAAUCCCAUCAACCCCAGAACAUUGCAACUGCACUCCUGCGAGAAACAAGAGGGCAAGUGGGAUACGCAACAUACCUCCGAUCGUGGUUUCGCAUGCUACUACCCUCAUAUAACAACAGUUCCCAUCAACCUUGUCCUCACAACGCCAUUUCUCUCACACAUCGGCACAUCAAUCUUCAUCUCCGCUGACGAGUGAUCCAAGCCAUCAUGAUAUCUACACGCCAAAUCACCGACGGCCGCAACGAAAUAGCCUGGGCCCAGGCCAUCAGCGAGCCACCGGCCACAAAUACCCCCGAAGUCCUAUCGGCGGACGAGGAAGAGCGGCAGCCGACAAGCGGCGCGUCGACGGUGAGCUCGGGAAGCUCGGAAGGGGCCAGCAGCGAGGCGGACAGCAAGGACGACAGCGACGAGCCUCCGCCCCGCCCGAGCGCGAGCGAGGAGAGCGACCGGCCCGAGCGCGGCGCCUACGCCUACGCCUGCGGGGAGGUCUCGCCGGAGGACCUGGCGAGCCCGGAGACGUUCCGCAACGAGCUCGUCGAGGUGCGGGCGUCGCCGCUGGGCGGCAACGGCGUGUUCGCGCGGCGGGCGCUGCGCCGCGGCGAGCUCGUCCUCGCCGAGCGCCCCGUCUUCCGCGCCAGCCCCAACUCCCUCUACCGCCAGCUCGACGGCCUCGCGCCCGACGUGCGCGCCGCGUACGACCGCAUGGUCGGGCACCGGCCCAGCCGCGGCGUCGACAGGCGCCAGGCCAUAUUCAUGACGAACAGCUUCGUCGUAGGUACCCAAUCCUACGUGUACCUCGUCGCGGCGCGGUUCAACCACGCCUGCGCGCCGGCGAGGUCGGUCGACUACCGGCCCGUCCCCGCCUCCGCGUCCCCGCCCGGCGGCAGGGUGCUGGAGUUCCGCAUGGCGCGGGACGUGGAGGCGGGCGCGGAGCUGACCAUCUCGUACGGCCUCCUGACGCCGCGCAACCUCUACGUCCGGUGGGGGUUCCGCUGCGCGUGCGGCGCCUGCCAGCCGCUCGCCGACGAGGAGGUGGCCCAGAUCGACAGCCUCCGGGACGGAAACGGCGACGACGACGACGACGAUAGCAGCGAGAGCUGGUAA